CCCCGGGCGGGCGGCAUGCCGGGAGCGGCGGGGCGGGCCCGGCCGGGGCUGGCGGCCGCUGGCCUGCGGGAACGGCCGGGCCGGGGCCGGCCUGGGGAGUCCCGGCGGCCCCCGGAGCGGAGGCGGGGAUUCCCCCGGCCGCGGGCGGGACGGCCGGGCGAGCCGGCGGCUCGGAGCGGCGCAGGAAAAUGUUUUCAUAGGAUGGAGUUAGAGCACCUGAAGAGGCUGCGGCAGGCCAACCAGGACCUUCUGCAAAGGCUCAGAAUGCAGCAGGAGGAGAUCCGAAAAAGGCUUCCCAGCAAGCCACUCUUUCCAGAAUCUCUUCCUAAUAGAACAGCUACUGGAAGACCUGUCCCCUUGCCCAAGAGAGGGAAGGAAAACCAGGUCAAUGCUGCGAAGUCUACAGCUGACCCUGCGACGUUGGUGUCUGUGGAACCCGGAGCUUACGCAGCCAGAGCAGCCUUUUCUUCGUCUCUUAAACACAACAACAAUGACAGAGGGGUACAGCAACCACAGGCGAAGAUUCAGGAAGCAGUAGGUUUGGAUUCCAGCUUUCCUGGGAAAGAGAAGAAUGUUAUGCCAGUGUCUGCAAUCAUUACGUGUGGCAGAGAAGCUUCCGGAGUGGAUAGAGAUGGCUGCGCUCGAGGAAGUCCAGAGGAAGAAUCCUUCCUUCUGGGCCAUGGAGACUACAGAAAACAGUCUGCUCUGCUACAUGGUUUCCAUGAGAAAAAGCAGCUUAAGGGUCAUCUGGACCCAUCACUGAGCAGCGUACCAAGUGAAGAGACCGGCAAGGGGCGUGUGAUCAUUAGAGAGCCCAUAAUCCCUGAAUCACUCUUGCUGACAUCUCAGUCCAAAGAGUUGAAAAAGGAAGCUGGGCAUGUGGCUUUUCAGUCUGACCCCGAAGAAUAUACCAUACCUGUGAGCAGCUGGUCCGUACGUCCUUUCCUGGGCUAUGACUGGAUUGCAGGGCUCCUGGAUACAAACUCUUCAGUAGCAGAAAAAUCUGACCAAUACUUUGCUGAGCUGCACGAGUUCCGACAGGCCAACAAAGCAGCGUGUAUUCCUGAGCAGCACCUGGAGUGGAAGGCCCUGGAUUACAUGGUUCCUGAGCAAGAUCCAGAUUUGAUAAGCAGUUCCCAUAAGUGUGUUUACUGUUACCGAUUAAACCGGCGCCUCUUCACUGUCCCUGUGGAUUCAGAAUCUGCCUGCCCUGUGUGCAAAAUCCCACGUACUCGCCAGCCCCUAGAGGUACUGGAAGAGCCAGCCUAUGUCAGGGUCAGCAUUCCCCGGUCUACCCUUAUGCCUGCCUACAAAUACAAAGCCCAUCGCAGGAAGAGCCUUGAACCAACAGACAAUCUAGCACUGCCUUCGCACUGCCUGGCUGGCUGGGAAAAUAUCAUCCCUUCCUGCAACCCCACGCUCAGCAGUUUGGAUCUGCGAGCUUCACUGGAAGAUAAGCCUUCUCACCAUCCUCACCUGAACUCCGUGUCCAGAGUGUCAGGAGGAACCAGAACUGACCAGCUUCUGAACCUGACCCACUCAACACACUUUGGAUUUAGCAGUGCUUCUCAGCAGAGCGAGCAAGGCAAACCUGGAUGCUACAGAGCAGCUCCAAAUUUAAAUCCGACUGCCUCAACUCUGUGAACCACUGACCUGAUUGUCCCAGGGAAGGGAUGGGCACGGGGCGUAGAAACUACUCUAUUUGGAUAAAAAUAAAUCUUUGAACACAUUUUUCCUAGUUUUCAUAGUCAUGCACAUACAUGAGCAACCAAUACACACAGCUGAGUGUAUGAACUCUCAUCUAUGCUUUUUAACUUUUCUUUUUUGCUUUUUUGCAGCUACUUGUAAGCAGAUGCAUGGGCUUUCCCACCUGGGGCUGGAUAAAGUGAUGUGUACAGGAUGAGUAACUAGUACUGUUGCCACGAGGACAGCUGUAGCAACAGGGUUCAUCUGCCACCUCACUUAAGUAAAGCAGAAGUGUAAUGUUAACUCUGAAUGCCAGGGUGAGGAACUGGCUAUGAAUGGCCUGAUUCAGUGGAAAGCAUACAAAUACGUUCAUUUCCAGAUGUUUGAAACAUGAUGCAUAAUUUGCUAAUGCCUUAAACUUGAGUUACUCGAUAAUUUAGUUUAAAAAAAUCCAGCUUAUUUUCAGUGCAAUGCCUGUAGCUACAGGGUGCGUUAUAUCGGAGUAAUUAUGAAUGUGAAAAAGCGUGUUAAAGUCAAAUGAGGUUUUAUUAAUAAAAAAAUCUAGGUAAUGCCUUAAAAUGUUUGCAAAUUAUGCUUGCCUCUGUUUUUCCAAGUUUUUUGGAGAUAAACCAAAAAACAUUUUGGGGUUUUUAAGUUGUACCAAAACAAAAGAUAUUACAUAGUGUGAUUUGCUUGAA